GUGGCAACAUGGUACACUUGACCGAUUUGACAGUAAUUCGCCUGAGGGAACAUUAGGGUUUCUCUGCAGGGGAAGAACAGGAAGAAGAAGAUGAGCGGAGCAGGGACGCCUGAUUUCUUUUACAGGGAAGCUCAGCGCCUCGGCUAUGCGGCUCGCUCAGCUUUCAAGUUGCUUCAGAUGCAGAAGCAAUACAAACUGAUAAAACCAGGGUCAUCUGUGCUUGAUCUUGGAUGUGCUCCUGGUGCUUGGCUUCAGGUGGCUUGUCAGAGCUUGGGUCCUCUAAAGAAUGGUGGGGUUGUUGUGGGCAUUGAUCUGAAGAAGGUGAAGGUUCCUUCUAUGCAUUGUGAUUCGAGGGUUAAAACUGUUUGUGCUGAUGUCAUGAAACUCCCCAAGGACGAAAUCAGGGCAUUCUCACCACAGCGGAAGGGAUUUUCAGUGAUACUUUCAGAUAUGUGUCCCUUGGUUUCUGGUAUCACAACUAAAGAUGCAGUUUUAUCUGCAGAAUUAGGCAUGCAAGCACUCCAUUUGGCUGUUAGAGGGCCUGCCCUAGCUCCUUCAGGCGAUGAAAUUCAGAAGGGGGAGCAUCAUGAUGAUUCUACUUCUGGUCCAGAUGACGAUGGCAUCCUCCAGCCAGGUGGCCACCUUGUCAUUAAGCUUCUAGAGAGUGAAGAUGCGCAAGGAUUUAGCCGGAUUUGCAAACCACUCUUCAGAAAGGCAUCAUGGUUGAGGCCUAAAGCUACAAGAUCUUCAUCCAGGGAGAUUUAUUUGAUUUGUCAAGGGUUGCGGCCAUAGGUGAUUAAUUCAAGUAGUUAUCUCCCAUUGAAUUAAAUUUUGGGCAACACACAUUUUUAGGGAUGUAGGAAAUACACAGUUUUGUAACCUAGUGAGGAUUGUUCAUUGCACACAAGCAUGUAUUUCUUAGAAGAGAAGCGCAAAAACAUAAACAGAUUCACUGAAA